AUGGAGCUGGCCUCUGCCUCAUUCAAUGCAUACUGUACAGUUUCAUUCAGACCAUCGCCCACAACUACUACUAGAGACCACUCCCCGUCCUUCUCUCUUACCAGGAACUCAGUUCCAGGUCCAUUACAUUUUCCUUCCAAAUUUAAAGGUUCUUAUUUGCAACUUCAUACAUUGAGGCUGCAACGUUCCUCUCUUGUGGCUGUUGUUGGUGAUACAAUGGCAGUACCAAAUGAUUCAACUAAAGAACAUAUGUUGUUUACCGAACAAUCUGAUCCCACAUCUAAUCUGGAUCCUUCUCCAAAAGAAGGGGAACACAACGAAGCAAUUGAAACCUUGGAUGACAAUAAAAUGGUUCGUGUUUGUGACAAGCUAAUUGAGGUUUUCAUGGUUGACAAGCCAACUCCAAGUGACUGGCGAAGAUUAAUUGCUUUCAGCAAGGAAUGGGACAACAUCCGGCCUCACUUCUAUAAGCGAUGUCAGGACCGAGCAGAUAUUGAGAAUGAUCCUGGGAUGAAGCACAAGCUGCUUCGGCUUGGAAGAAAGCUGACAGAGGUUGAUGAAGAUGUUCAAAGACAUAAUGAACUUCUUAAAGUUAUCAGAAAAGCACCAUCUGAGAUCAGUGAAGUUGUUUCUAGGCGUCGUAAAGAUUUCACAAAAGAAUUUUUUGCACAUCUUCACACGGUAGCAGAAUCUUAUUAUGACAAUCCACAAGAACAAAAUGAUGUGGCAAAGCUUGGGAAUAGGUGCUUGGCUUCUGUACAAGCUUAUGAUACUGCAACUGAAAGUAUUGAAGCACUGAAUGCUGCAGAGUUGAAAUUUCAAGAUAUAGUCAAUUCUCCUUCUUUAGAUGCAGCUUGUCGGAAGAUAGACAGUUUGGCUGAGAAAAAUCAACUUGAUUCGGCACUGGUACUCAUGAUAACAAAAGCUUGGUCAGCUGCCAAGGAGUCAAACAUGGCCAAAGACGAGGUAAAAGACAUAUUGUAUCAUUUGUACAUGACAGCAAGGGGUAAUCUUCAGAGAAAUAUGCCUAAAGAGGUUAGGAUACUCAAGUAUCUUCUUACAAUUGAAGAUCCUGAAGAGAGAAUGUGUGCCCUAAAAGAUGCUUUCACCCCUGGAGAAGAACUUGAAGGGAAGGAUGUAGACUGCCUAUACACCACACCAGAACAUCUGCACACCUGGAUUAAAACGGUGCUGGAUGCUUACCAUUUCAGCAGAGAAGGCACUCUUAUUAAGGAAGCUAGGGAUUUGAUGAACCCAAAAAUCAUUCAAAAAUUGGAAGAGUUGAAGAAAUUAGUCCAAGAUAACUUCAUGUAAGCACCAGUUACACUUCUCAGAAGCUUUCUAUGAGUAGUCUUGGUGCGAAAGUCUCAACUUCUUCCCAUCGGGUUCUUAAGUCCAUGAAGUAGACUGUAGAGCUGUGAUUUGGUUACACCCAUCACCCCUUGUGAGAUAUUGCUCAACAACUUCAUAACUUUGUCCUGAAAGUUCAGCAGCGACGAUGACCUUAGAAAUGUUCACGGUGUAUUUUGGUGGAAAUCAUGGAAACUGGAGUAUAGUAGGAAAGGUCGUAAUGAUUUGGACUAGCCUCAUUGGACAGAGAAGCAUGAUUAUCUAAGUCGACGAUACUUUAGUUAUGUUGGAAUUAUGUAUCAAUUUUGCUAUAUAAUAUGCCUUCCUUUUUGCCCCAGACCACAUAUAGAUAUGAAUUGUUUAGUUAGAGAAAUUUAACGUAUUUGGCAAUGAACAACUCAGAAUGAACUCAUUCCGUCUCUGUAUAUUGCUCACUCCUGUGGUAUUUUUGUUUCCUUUAUAUUUCACUGUGUGAGGGCGGACUUUGAUACAACGGUAAGAUUGAU